AUGCGUGCAUUUCUUAAGUCCCUAGAUAAACGUGUCUGGACUAAGGAUGAAUUGAAUGAAUGCAACUGGAAUAGUAAAGGUCUCCAUGCAUUAUUUAUGUAUGUGUCUUCUGAAGAGUUUAGGAGAGUGUCAAUGUGUGAAACUGUUAAAGAAGUAUGGGACAUUCUAGAGACAACACAUGAGGGAACUAAAACUGUGAAAAAUUCCAAGUUGCAAAUGCUGGCCUCAAGGUUUGAAGAAAUCAGGAUGAAGGAUGAUGAAUCUUUUGAUGAGCUCUAUGCUAAAUUGAAUAACAUUGUUAACUCUAGUUUCAACCUAGGUGAGAGGAUUCCCGAGUCCAAAACUGUGAGGAAGGUUCUUAGGUCUUUGCCCAAGAGAUUUAGACCUAAAGUUACAGCUAUUGAAGAAAGCAAGGAUCUGGACACAGUUAAGAUAGAAGAACUUGUAGGAUCCCUUCAAACCUAUGAACUCACCAUUUCAUAA